AUGAUUUCAAAGCUAGCAUUUGAAACUUUACAACACAUUUUUAGUUUUAUUGAAGAUACUAAUACGUUGUAUUCUAUUAUCCGUGUAAAUCGUUCUUGGUGCGUAAAUGGUAUCAAAUAUUUAUGGAGAAAUCCCUUUACAGACGAUAUUCAAAAUGUAGACAAACACACAAAAAUCUUACCCGUAUUCAUACCUAUUCUGAGAAAAGACAAAAUUUUAGAAUGGAAGAACAGGGGAGAUUGCAUGAAUGAAACAAUGCUACUUACUAAAUUUGUAUAUCCUAGUAUCAUUACCCAUUUGGAUUACGAUAACCUUUUUAGAAUUAUCUCAGCAUAUUACAAAAUGAAUAAAGAAGAUGUUGAAUCUUUUGUGGAUUUUAUGGAAAAUCAAUUCAAUGUUUUAUUUAAUCUACCUCAGCAAACGGCAGAAUCAUCAUCUUUAACUAAUAACGAGGAUGAUUUUGGAUUAAGGAAAAUCUUGUUUGUAACUUCAAUUAUUUUGACAACUUUAGGGAUAGGCAGAGCAAACAUUAAAUGGCUUAAAAUCAAUAUUUCAAGGAUUAAAAAACGUUAUGACGUAAUUAUGAAGAUUGAAGAUAUUCUUUGUGAUUUCUUGAAAUUUGGAAAAGACUCUGUUGUGAAUUUAAAAUAUUUGGAAUAUGGAAAGUUAGCUUAUAAGCUUCCUAUUUUGGAUAUUUUGUCAGCAAGUUGCAAACAGAUAGAAACUAUAAAUAUUCAAGAAAAAUUUUUUCAGUUGAUUCGAAAUCCAAUUGUAAACUUAUUGAAAAAUCAAAUCAAACUUAAAGAUUUACAGCUUAUUGGAUCGAAUCAUUCGAUGAGGUUAAAUUAUGAUGAAACUAUUUUUGAAAUGAUCUCAACAUUGGAAAUAUACGCACAGUCUCUGAAGAUUAUAACAUUAAGUGGAAUGUAUGUAAAUAACGAUGAAGCAUUUAAAUUUUUCGGCAAAUGUAAAAAUUUGGAGUGCAUGAACUUGGAAAAUUUAUGUAUUUCAUUCAAAAAUUUUGAAUGGAUUUCUUCGAUGGAAUUUCCAAAAUUAUGGUCUUUAACGUUAUUAAAUGUUUAUUGCGAUAAUGAACUUAACGGACAACCGAAUCCACUUCAAGGAAUUUUUCAAAACAAAACGUUAACACCCAAUUUGAAAGUACUUAGUCUCCUAUGCGUUUGCAUAAAUCAUGAUAUUUUAAUAUCAAUUGGUGAAAAUUAUAGAAAUCUUCGCUUAUUUUCUACACAAAUUACUGCGGAUGGCGAUAUACCAUAUUUAUUUACUAUCCUUAAUAAUUCCCCAAAACUUGAAGAGCUUCACUUGGUAAUUCCACAGGAAAGAUCUUCUGACGUUAACAAUAGGUUCAUCGGUGAUUUAGCAAAGAAUUUACCUUGUCGAAUUAACGCGUUGCAAUUUUCAAACAUAAUUCGCAACAUUGAUGAAUAUCGAAGCUUUUUGGAGAAUUGCGAGGUGAAAUUAAAAUACUUUCAUCUCAACUUUUUUGUUAGUAGUUAUAAUACUAGGGAAUUUAAGCGAUAUAUUCGCAGAUGGUCUAAUGAAAAGGGGAAGGUUAUAUUGAAUUAUUAUAUAACUUCUGAUAAAUUUUAUGUUUUAUGGAAAUAA